GCGCAUAGCAUAUUCUGCGGAUAUAAUUCACAUGAACCAAUGACGCCUUACUGCGGGGCGCCAAAAGAUGACGUUUACAUGCUAUAAGCCACCCACGUUAUUCGAAAAAAAGAAAGAAACUAUACGGCAAUUUAGUCUAUGCGAAUAUGCAAUUCAUCCUAGGGGGAGGUUUUUCUUUCGUAUCUUCCAUCACGAUAAUAAUAGCCUCUAUCACAUUCACCAUAUUCAUUAUAUCCAUCGUAUCCAUUAUAUCCAUCAUCACAUGAUGUGGCGUAAAGUUCAGAUAAUUCUGGAAAAUCUGGAACAUUCGCGAUUUUUUUACAUAAAAAGGACGACUUCUUACGUGUUUGUUCCGUGUUUCCUGUCUUCCUGUCUUCCCAACAAAAUGAGUGUCGCGACAGAAGGCCUAGAAGAAAUACAAAUUAAGGUAUUAACGUAUAUUGAGGAAUCAUUGAAAAAAUUGACACCUGAGGAAAAACAAGAUGUCGUAAAGAUCGAUCUUUCUGCUUACAAAUUGGAUAAUGUUGUUAUGUCGGCGUGUGGUUCCAAAUGCCGACCCAAGCACAACAGACAAGGCCUAUUGCUGAACAAUGUCCCCUCCCAGACGUUUUCUAUAAUAGAGACCCAGAUCGCAGUAGAGCUUUAACUAACAUUGCUUUCGUCCAACAACAAAACUUGGGUAUUGAAUUCAUUGGGAUUGCCCUCCCUUAUUCAACAAACACUUUCCAGCAAAAUCCAAAUCCUGGGAUAGCUACGACACCUGCAAAUCCUCUAGCAAACCAAAACGCAAGACCUUUCAUAGCACCGUACAUUAUUCAUUGGGACAUGAAUAAUGUUCCAGUUUACUACAGAAUUAAUUGGAAUGAGCACCUUGUCCUUAGAUGUGGUUGGGUCCUUGAGUUUAAUAUCGUUCUUAAUGUACUUGCAAUGUAAUCGUUAAUAUUAUUUUUAAAGCCUUCUAUCUUUUUUUCUGAUGCUUAUAUUAUUAGAAAUGUACUCAUU